AUGUGGCUUCUAAUCACUGUUCUCGCCUCUCUUGUUCUCCAUUCGGUUGUGGAGGAAAUUGCUCUUGAGGAGGGAAUACCUUGUUCAAAGUACCAGGUGGCUUUCAACCUUUCGUGCUAUGAGUUUGUGAGACUCCCGCGCACUUUCACGAGCGCUCAGAGCUGGUGUGAGAGAGGAGGGGGGCACCUCGUUUUUAUUGAAAAUGAGGAAACUCAACAGUUCUUGCAGAACCAUAUCUCCGAGGACAGGGAGUGGUGGAUAGGACUGACCUCAAGUUCCCUUCUGAAUGAAACUACAGAAGGAUCAUUGAUUUGGUUGGACACUUCAAAUAUAAGCUACAGCAACUGGCAUGAGGAUCAGCCAUCUCUCUUAGCCAAUUGUGGUUAUAUCCUGAAGAACUCUGGCUAUAAAUGGGGCAUGACAGAAAACUGCAGUCAGGAGUUUGACUUCAUUUGUGAAUUUGAAUCUGGCCAGAGCAUUGCUUGUGAUAACUUCAAUGCCACCAUGCAAUGUGGAUCAGGAGAAGUCAUUCAGAUUGGUGAUAGUUUCUAUGGGCGGAAGACCCCUCACUACUGUGUAUUGGAGACUCCCUUCCAGCUUGAUAUGGAAGAGGAUUGUAGCUGGACCAGUGUCAAGGAUGAAGUAGCAGGGCAGUGUCACGGACUCCAGGCAUGCCAGGUGGCAUCAGAUGGGACCUUCUUUGGAGAUCCUUGUCCUACAUUGGGGAGCUACUUGUCUGUUCAAUAUCACUGCAUGGAAGGUUUGCAACUGGUCGUGACUGAAACAUGCUUUAUCUUUGAAAAUAUUACAGUUUCUCUGAAAUGGCUACUCUCUCCCUAUUCUGGCAACCUCUCCUGUAUCAUUAGCACUGGAGAUGGACACACUAUUGAUCCCUAUUACCCUCUAACCUUGUCCAGCAAUGUGACACACCAGUAUACUUCUCCUGGAGAGUUUACUGUCUUUGUGGAAUGCACAACCAGUGAAUGGCACGUUACAGCACAAAAACUGGUGACGGUUCAGGAUAAGAUGGAUCAGCUCAGCAUUACUGGGUGCUACAGCAAGUACGAAUCAGGAAACAGUUCUCACUGCAGGACCCUGUAUGGGGAGAAGUUAUGGAUCCAAGUUGAACUCAAUGGAGGUACUGGAGUGACCUAUACUGUAACAGCUGACAAUACAACUCUGAUUGAAUCCAGCGCAAAGGAAGGAAUUGUCCCUCACAAUCUGACGCUUGAUGGUACCUCUCAGCAGCUGAUUGGCCCAGGGGCACAUCAACUGGAAAUUCUGGCGACCAGCAACACGACGACAUCCGAGAUUUCUGAAACCAUUGCUGUUCAUUUAGUUGAACCUAUAACUGGUCUUCAGGCUGCAUUAGCCUCCCACACACUGGAAAUGGGAAAAGACCUGGAGAUAAAUGUCUCUGUGGCUCAUGGUGUACCAGAUAAGCUGAAGUUUGAGAUGGUCGGGUCUAAUGAAACUUACUCUCAUCAGAAAGACAGCCCUAAAGGAAAAUCUAGAAUAUACAGUAUUCCUGUUCAUACUGAAGGUACGUUUGUCGUCAAGGUGCUAGCUAUGAAUGCCUUCUCGAACAUGAGUCUGGAGAUUGGGAGCAUCACCGUAUUGGCCAACAAUUCUCUUAAAGAAGAUUCGUCUCAGAACAGAGGCAAAUCCAAAGCAAACAUCCGAAAGACAAAUGAUGACAAAAGGAAAAAUAAAAUAUACAUUAAACCUAGUCGCCAUGUGGAUCCGUUCACCACAGUUACCCUUGACUGGCCAGAUGACAAUGAUAAUUCUACCUUCACCUGGGAAUGCGGGGCUUGCUGGCCUGGGUGGCAGGAAUGUGUGCAGCAUCAAGUAAUUCCAACUGACCAGAGCAUGGCACAGAUCCCACCUGCCUGCCUGCCCCCGCCAAACUCAGCAGUGACCCUGCAGGUGAUAGUCAGAAGCCCUGGAAAAGAAGAGAAGCAGGACGAGCAAUGUCUGUAUGUGACUGCCAGACAAGAACUGUGCCCAAAAAUCAGGUGUGAGACAAACUGCAAGCUAGUGAAUGUCACUGCAGAAGUUGUUUUGAGAGCCACCAUGCAGGAAGGCUCCCAGGCUGUACAGUAUAACUGGUAUUUAGAUAACACAUUCCAGUCAAAGCCUCCCUCCCUCCCUUCAGUCUGCAGUCUGAAGGGUUUCCGACAGAGCUCCUUGACUUUGCUUCAGAGCAACACAUCUACACUGGUAUUGAACAGCUCCUUUCUGCAGGCACACGGAGAAGCAUUUCGAAUUAAAUUAACAGCAAUGACUCGGCAUGAAUAUGGCGAUGAAACCUACAUUGUCAGCAUGGUGCCCUCACCAGUGGUCCCAGUCUGUGCUAUAUCUCCCAACGAGGGAUCGGUGCUCACCAGUUUCACAAUCUCCUGCAGUACUGCCUGCUCCAAGGACUCCUGCCCCCCUGCACACAGCAGACUGCUCACGUACUGCUUCUACCUGAAAUCAGGCUCCCUCCUGAACUGUGGCCCACAUCCUGAACUCCUGUCGGUUUAUCUUCCCCUUGGAGAAGAGGAAAAUAACUUUGUUUUACAUGUUACAAUUACUGUCAGCAAUAACUUUGGUGACACAGUUCAGACUGAUGCUACUGUCAAGGUUCGACGUGAAGAUAUGAACACUGGGAACCAGACCCUGCAGGCCACUCUAGCUGAGAAAGCAAAUGCCAUCUUAAAAGAAGGAAACAACAGCAUGUCCCUGUUCCAGCUGUAUAAGUCAAUGUCGUCAGUCCUUAAUCAGGAGAGCCAGGGAGAAGCCUUUAAUACAUCUCUGCAGACUGACACCCGAAGGGAGCUGAGAGAGCUGAUGCUGACAACUCUGUCUGCUGUUAAUGUAACAUCAAUACAGACUGCUCUUAAGAUGUCAGAGGUACUGAAAGAAACCACUUACAGGAGUGAAGAGCUCUCUUCCUCAGCACAGGUGGAAGCCAGUAACUCUCUCAAAGAUGUCAGUGAGUUCUUACUCACUGUAAGCACAGAGGACAGUGAGGAUUACCAGAAGCGAAAGGACGCAGCUGGCUACCUGUUCAACGCAGUGAGCAAUGUACUCACAGCUUCCAUACAAAAUGGGACAGAGGAUGCUUCAUCAUCAGAGGUUGGACAGAGUUUGGUCUCACACCAGCUGUUGGAUACAGUUGAAAACCUGCAAAGCACACUCCUGAUUGGGAAACUGCCAGAUGAUGAACCAAUGGUAUUGGUCGCUCCCUCUGUCGCAAUGUACAUAAACAGGUUACAAACAGACAGCAUAGAUGGCACAUCCAUUAACAUCUCUGAUUCCAGCUCAGCCAGCUUUAUUCUCCCCUCUGCCUCCUCUCUCAGUGUCUCAGGAGACAGUGACGAGACUGUGGAUAUAAGGAUGGUGAGCUUUGCAGUGAAUCCCUUUUCCUUAAGUGACACCAGUUUUGAGAUCAGUGGAACCGUGGGAGGCCUAAGUCUUACCAGCGUUGAUGGAUUGGUCAUACCAGUUAAUGAACUUACUGAAAACAUUGAGAUAAUGCUGCCAAGAUUUUCAGCACCUCAGGAAAACAGGAGCCUAUUGAAUUUGGGCAAUAUUAGUGCUCUCCAAGUCAAUGUCACCUCAGAAAAUACAUCUCUAGUGAUCCACCUGGAAACUGAACAGGAUAUUCCACUAAUACUGUACUUGGGAUAUGGCUACCACCCAAAUAAGACUAACUAUGAUAUGAAAGCUCAUCUGCCCCUUAAGAAAAACACUGGAGAUAAGUCAAACACAUGGGUUCUUAGCCCAGAAGAACUCAUUUUUGGAGAAGGGACUUACUAUCUCAUGAUGGAACAAGACAUGGAAAUGGAUUCUACAACCAACAGUGAUCUAACCAUAGCUGUCACUUCCUUUGUAUCCCAGUGCGUGUUCUGGGAUGAGCUUCAGGGCAACUGGAAUAGCUACGGGUGCCAUGUAGGUCCAAAAACAAACCCCAGCAGCACCCAGUGUCUCUGCAACCACCUGACCUUCUUUGGGAGCACCUUCUUUGUCACGCCCAACACCAUUGAUGUCAGCAAAACAGCGGAGCUUUUUGGCACAUUUGUGGACAACCCCGUGGUAGUGACAACUGUGGGCUGUAUCUUUCUUGUGUAUGUGCUGGUGGCUAUUUGGGCUAGAAGGAAAGACAUUCAGGAUGAUGCCAAAGUGAAGAUCACAGUGUUGGAGGAUAAUGACCCCUUUGCUCAGUAUCGUUAUCUUGUGACAGUUUUUACAGGGCACCGUCGAGGGGCAGCCACAACCUCCAAGGUGACUCUCACCCUUUACGGCCUCGAAGGAGAGAGUGAACCGCACCACCUGACUGAUCCUGACACACUAGUCUUUGAGCGUGGAGGAGUGGAUAUUUUCCUGCUCUGUACCCUGUUUCCUCUUGGGGAACUGCAAAGUAUCCGAUUGUGGCAUGAUAAUUCAGGAGACAGCCCAUCCUGGUAUGUGAAUCGUGUGCUGGUCCAUGACCUGGCUCAGGAUCAAAAAUGGUAUUUCCUCUGUAACUCUUGGCUGGCCAUUGAUGUUGGAGAGUGUGUCCUAGACAAAGUGUUCCCAGUUGCUACUGAGCAGGACAUGAAGCAGUUCAGUAACCUGUUUUUCAUGAAGACUUCCAAGGGUUUCCAGGACGGGCACAUCUGGUAUUCAAUUUUCAACCGCUCCCCACGAAGCACCUUCACGCGAGCCCAGAGAGUAUCAUGCUGCUUCUCCUUGCUGCUCUGCACCAUGCUGACCAGCAUCAUGUUCUGGGGGGUGCCGAAGGACCCAGCUGAGCAGAAAAUGGACUUAGGUAAGAUCGAGUUCACGUGGCAGGAGGUGAUGAUCGGCUUCGAGAGCUCCCUCCUCAUGUUCCCCAUCAACCUGCUCAUCGUGCAGAUCUUCAGGAACAUCCGACCCCGGGUGACUAAGGAGCAGGAGAAGAAACCAGGGAAGAGUGGCCGAGUGUCUCCAAACCUGCCACCUCCCCCUCAGGCAAUCCAGAGCGUCACACUCACCCCUGAGGCUGAUAUUAGGAGAAUUGCCAAUUCACUGUUUAAGACCCUGAAGACUCCGCUACCAUCCUCAGAAACAGACCUUGGAAGAUCUACUGACAUCAACACACUGUUGGCUUUGGUUGAGGACAUCAUCUGCCAGCAGAACAGAGCUGGGCAAGAGUUUUAUGAUGAGAGUAAAAAGAAGGAUGAUUCUAUUAUCAUCACACUAGGGUCUGUAGAUAUACAAGAAAAAACAAGAAGCCCAACUCCAGAGAAAGGAAUGGGUGAAAGGCUGAAACACAGUGACUACAACCGCUACUUGUACAUGCAACUCCAGCACGUAGAGAUGGAGUUGGAAUUACUGGGACCUCACAAAUUCCAGAAGGCUCAGAGUUACAUCCAAGCUGUUAGGCAGGUCCAGCACAUGAAAGGCCUCCUGGAAAGACACCUCUGCUCUUCAGGAUCUAUCAGUGAGAGUUUCUCUGGGGAUGGCAAGAAAGGUUCCUCUUUCAAAGGCUUGCCCUGGUGGUUUGUUUUCAUUGGCUGGUUCCUCAUAGCUGCCACCAGUGGUGUGUCCGGAUUCUUCACCAUGCUUUACGGGCUACAUUAUGGGAAAGAUAACUCCAUCAAGUGGCUGAUUUCCAUGGCCAUCUCCUUCUUUGAAAGUCUCUUCAUCACACAGCCCUUAAAAGUGUUGGGAUUUGCUGCUUUCUUUGCUUUGGUUCUGAAGAAAGUGGAGCACGAAGACGAGGAAAACACUGAUGUUGAUGGGUCUCUGUCUGCACCAGGCAACUCAAACCCUUUAUUUGGAGCUCGAAGGGAUAGCAGAAGCAACAUCUAUCAGCCACCCCCUGCCACAGACAUUCAGAGAAUGAAGAACAAUCACAUCAAGGAGCAGAAAGCCUUUGCCUUAAUCAGAGAAAUACUGGCCUACUUGGGAUUUUUAUGGAUGCUACUGUUGGUUGCCUAUGGACAAAGAGAUCCCAAUUCCUACUACCUGAACAAGCACAUUGAAAGCAGCUUUACGGAUGGGUUUCGGGAUAUCUACUCUUAUCAGGACUUCUUCACAUGGGCAAGAACUACCUUAGUCAACAAGUUAUAUGGCUCAUAUCAAGGCUUCAUUACAGAUGGCAACUCCAAGUUGGUAGGCAGUGCCCGAAUUCGUCAAGUGAGAGUGAAGGGGAACACCUGCCCGAUAGCUCCCAAACUGCAAGGCUCGGUCCAAGAAUGUCAUGCUUCGUAUUCUCCCCAAGCAGAAGACACGUCAGACUAUGGGGAACACUGGAAUAUCUCAGCCUUCGAUAACUCCUCUGACUUGAGUUCUGCAUGGCAAUAUCAGAGCCAGUCCAAACUUAGAGGGCAUCCAGUGUGGGGCAAACUUGCCAUCUAUAGGGGAGGAGGAUAUGUGGUUCACUUAGGAACUGAUCCAAAGAAUGCAACCAGAAUUCUCCAAUAUCUCUUCAACAACGUCUGGCUGGACACCUUCACAAGAGCAGUGUUUGUUGAAUUUACAGUCUACAAUGCCAAUGUGAACCUGUUCUGUAUUGUAAGCCUGAUGUUUGAAACAAAUGCAUUAGGGGCCUUCUUCACGCAUGCAGAACUGCAGAGCAUCCGGCUCUACCCCUACACAGAUGGUCUGCACAUCUUUGUUGUUGCAGCAGAAGUGAUUUAUUUCCUAUUUAUCAUCUACUAUAUGGUAGCACAGGGAAAGCUCAUGAGGGCUCUGAAAUGGAGGUAUUUCCACAGCAAGUGGAACCUGCUAGAGCUGGCCAUUAUACUGAUUAGCUGGAGCACCCUAUCAGUAUUUGUGAAGAGGACAAUCCUGGGGGCACGUGAUAUCAGCUACUACCAGCUUCACAAGGAUGAGUGUGUAAGUUUCAAUGAAACAGCAACAGCUGAUGCAGCUCUUGGCUACUUAAUUGCUUUCCUGGUGCUUCUCUCUACUGUGAAAUUGUGGCAUCUCCUGAGGCUCAACCCUAAACUAAACAUGAUCACCUCCACCUUGAGGAGGGCUUGGGGUGACAUCUCUGGAUUCAUCACUGUUAUUUUAAUCAUGUUCCUGGCCUAUUCCAUUGCUACAAAUUUGAUAUUUGGCUGGAAGCUGCACUCCUACAAAACCCUCUUUGAUUCAGCAGAGACAAUGGUCAGCCUUCAGCUGGGAAUCUUCAACUAUGAGGAGGUCUUGGACUAUAAUCCAAUUUUGGGCUCCUUCUUAAUAGGAUCCUGUAUCAUUUUCAUGACAUUUGUGGUGCUCAAUCUGUUCAUUUCAGUGAUUCUGGUUGCUUUUAGUGAGGAACAGAAACAUUAUCAGGCUUCAGAAGAAGAAGAGAUUGUUGAUCUAAUGCUGAUGAAAAUUUUCAGUUUCCUUGGGAUUAAAUGCAAAAAGGAAGAGAAGCCGACCAAUGUUGACCAACUGAAAGAAGCUGCUAGCACUUGACAACCAUAAUGACCAAUUGCUUUCUGUAAAGUCUUUCCCUUUAUCCAUUUUAAACUACAGCUACUGUGGAUGGACUUAGAUAUUAUGGCUCCUAUGUGUAAAGUGGUGUUGUCUGCAGAGCUGUGACAUAAACAGGAAUAUGUUCAAUAAUAAAAUCGUGUGUUGUAUGAUGUUAUGGGA